AUGUGGUUACCUAGGGCCAUUGCUCUGAUCGUUGGGCUGGGCUCUGUCACGCCCACGCUUGUCGGUGCACAGGGCGAAACCCAAAUCCAUGAGAAAGGUCGUUGUGCUAUUCGUGGUCAUUGUGGAAAGCAGUCAAUUUUCGGAGGAGAACUGCCUUGCCCCGAUAAUGACCUUGCACAACAACCGGAGGAUACAGUACGCCAGAAAUUGGUAAAUCUGUGUGGCAGCAAAUGGAGCGAAGGACCGGUCUGCUGUCGAGAUGAACAGAUUGAUUCGCUUUCAAGUAACCUCAAACUAGCCGAGGGAAUUAUCGCAUCCUGCCCUGCCUGCCGAGAUAACUUCUUCAACAUUUUCUGUACCUUUACAUGCUCUCCCGAUCAAUCACUGUUCGUCAAUGUCACGAAGACGGAAGAACACAGCUCCGGCAAAAGACUGGUGACCGAAUUGGACAAUAUUUGGUCUGAGGAGUACCAGAGCGGUUUCUUCGAUAGCUGCAAGAAUGUCAAGAACGGUGCUUCGGGUGGCAAAGCCAUUGAUUUUAUCGGUGGUGGUGCGAAAGAUUAUACACAGUUCCUGAAAUUCUUAGGUGAUAAGAAAUUUCUUGGAAGCCCAUUCCAGAUUAACUAUCACACAGAGCCCACUGGAUCUGAUGCACAAGGAAUGAAGGCUUUGUCAAUCAAGCCGAAAGCCUGCAAUGACGAGGACGAAUCCUUCCGAUGCUCUUGCGUGGACUGCCCUGAUGUGUGUCCUGAAUUACCUACUAUCUCUCCCCACAAAAUAUGCUAUGUAGGCCUUCUACCAUGUCUGUCCUUUGCGGUCAUUCUUGUUUAUUCGAUAUUCCUUUUGUUUGUCAUUGCUCUCGCCACUUAUGUUACAUACAAGGAACGCCGGUUCCGCAAACCAGAGCGAGUGCGCUUGUUGCAGGAUCCCACGCCCAGUGACGAUGAGGACGAAGGGGAAAUCGUGCACCGUGGAGGAUAUAUGGAACGGCCACAGGGGGUUUACAAGCUCAAUUCUCUGUUGUCAGUCUUGUUUCAUCGAAUUGGUGGAGCUUGUGCGCGCUUCCCAGCAAUUACGAUAUCCUCUAGCAUCAUUGGGGUGGCGCUUCUAAGCCUAGGGUGGCUACGCUUUGCCGUAGAAACUGACCCGGUGCGACUCUGGGUGAGCCCGUCAUCUGCGGCGGCCCAGGAAAAGGAUUUCUUCGAUCAGAGCUUUGGUCCAUUUUAUAGAGCCGAGCAGGUAUUCCUGGUGAAUAACCGCCCAGAGAACGACUCCCGCUCUCUUUUGGACUAUGAAACUCUCAAUUGGUGGUUCGACGUUGAGUCCCGUGUGCGGCGCGUGAUAUCCUUAAACAAGGCUCUCAGUCUAGACGACGUUUGUUUUAACCCCACUGGAGAAGGCUGUGUCGUGCAAUCAGUCACUGGGUAUUUCGGUGGUUCCGUUUCAAAUCUUGACCCGGAUACAUGGCAGGACCGACUGAAUCACUGUACAGAAUCGCCUGGAGACCCUAGCUGUCUUCCUGAUUUCUCGCAGCCUCUCAAGCCCGAAAUGAUUCUUGGUGGGUAUGAAGAUACAGGGAAUGUCUUGGAUGCCCAAGCACUCAUCGUGACCUGGGUAGUGAACAACUACGCACAAGGAACAGAAGAAGAGGCAGGAGCCAUCGAUUGGGAGAACACAUUCCAAGCCGUUCUCGGGGUGGUCCAAGAAGAAGCUGCCGAGCGAGGCCUUCGCGUGUCUUUCAACUCCGAGGCCAGCUUGGAGCAAGAAUUGAACAAGUCCACCAACACAGAUGCAAGAAUUGUUGUCAUCAGUUAUCUGAUUAUGUUCUUCUAUGCCUCAAUGGCGCUGGGUUCCGUCACGAUUACCUGGAGGUCUCUGUUGACCAACCCGUCCAAUGCUCUCGUUCAGUCUAAAUUCACGCUGGGAAUUGUGGGGAUCCUCAUUGUUCUGAUGUCUGUUUCUGCAUCAGUCGGACUGUUCUCUGCGGCGGGAGUCAAGGUGACCUUGAUCAUAGCUGAAGUGAUUCCGUUCUUGGUCCUGGCAGUUGGAGUAGACAAUAUCUUUUUGAUCGUUCACGAGUUCGAGCGAGUCAAUAUCAGCCACCCCGACGAAGAAGUUGACGAGCGAGUUGCCCGAGCAGUCAGUCGGAUCGGACCUAGCAUCUUCUUGUCUGCCUUGACCGAGACCGUGGCCUUUGCCUUGGGCGUCUUCGUUGGCAUGCCUGCUGUGAAAAACUUUGCCGCCUAUGCUGCCGGCGCUGUCUUUAUCAACGCCAUUCUUCAAAUGACCAUGUUCAUCUCCGUCCUGGCUCUGAAUCAAAGGCGUGUGCAAAGUCUUCGUGCGGACUGUGUUCCUUGUCUGACUGUCCGAAAAGCAAACUCCUUCGGCUUUCCCGAGGAAAAUUAUGAUGGUCAGGAGGCAGAAGGUACUUUACAGACAUUCAUCCGGCGGGUAUACGCGCCCUUCCUGCUGGAUCGUCGGGUAAAGGUCGGCGUUGUUAUCUUUUUCUUGGGCCUUUUGACUGCUGGUCUUGCUCUUAUUCCCGAGGUUGCUCUUGGUUUAGAUCAGCGGAUUGCGCUCCCUAGAGACUCGUACCUCAUUUCAUAUUUCAAUGACCUGGAUUCAUAUUUUGGCGCAGGGCCUCCAGUCUACUUUGUGACUCGGGAUGUGAACGUCACAAAGCGAAGUCACCAGCAACAGCUUUGUGGGCGAUUUACCACCUGCGAGGAAUAUUCCCUGCCGUUCAUUCUCGAGCAAGAAUCCAAGCGCGCAGAUGUUUCUUAUCUUGCAGGCUCUGCCGCCAGCUGGGUCGAUGAUUUCUUCUAUUGGUUGAACCCCCAGCAAGAUUGCUGCAAAGAGGAUGGCAAGCUCUGCUUCGAGAAUCGUGUUCCUGCGUGGAAUAUCUCUCUUUCGGGGAUGCCAGAAGGGUCUGAAUUCGUACAUUAUGCAAAGAAAUGGAUCGGUGCUCCCACCGAUGCCUCUUGUCCUCUUGGUGGCAAAGCACCCUACAGCAAUGCUUUGGUCAUUGACGAGGAGCACAUGACGAUAAAUGCCAGUCAUUUCCGUACUAGUCACACGCCCCUCCGGAGCCAGAGUGAAUUCAUCGAGGCGUAUAUCGCGGCUCGCCGGAUUGCAGAUAGCAUCUCCCAAGAGCAUGAUAUCGAUGUUUUCCCAUACUCGAAGUUUUAUAUCUUCUUCGAUCAAUAUGUCUCGAUUGUACGACUUACCGGUACCCUUCUUGGGUCAGCCGUGGCUAUCAUCUUCAUCCUGACCUCUGUGAUCCUUGGGUCUGUGGCCACAGGCGCUGUUGUUACAACCACUGUGGUAAUGAUAGUCGUGGACAUCAUUGGCACGAUGGCAAUCGCCGGCGUCUCGUUAAAUGCCGUCUCUCUUGUCAAUCUGGUUAUCUGUGUGGGUAUCGGUGUUGAAUUCUGUGCUCACAUUGCCCGAGCAUUCAUGUUCCCCGCUCGACCUAUUAUGGAUAAGGUGCCUGCCGAAUUCCGUGGUAAGGAUGCUCGAGCAUGGACGGCGUUGGUCAACGUUGGUGGGAGUGUUUUCAGCGGUAUCACUGUGACAAAACUUCUGGGAGUGUGCGUCUUGGCGUUCACUCGGAGCAAGAUUUUCGAGAUCUACUACUUCCGCGUAUGGCUGGCCUUGGUCGUUUUUGCGGCUGUCCAUGCUCUCAUCUUCUUACCCGUCGCCCUCAGUUACUUUGGUGGUGGUGGUUACUUUGAUCCUGCAUCGGACGGUGGCCUCGAGGCCAAUCUUGCUUCCCGCGGCUAUCGCUCAUCGCUACUGAACGAUGAUUAUGAUUCUGAUGAAUAUUAG